AUGGUGGAAGCAGUAAAAUCUCCAGUGGCAGCUUUAAAAACCUCCACAAGAACUACUAUACCUGUGCCAGGUGUUGUAAUGUGUGGAAAAACCUUGGAUAGACCCGUUAAAUGUUAUAAAAGUGCCUUUAAUUUUGCUGAUGAUGAUUAUGAAAAAGGAGAAAGUUGUGAUGAUUAUGUAACGAAUCAUAGAAUGGACGCAUCACAUUUUAAAAAUAUGAAUGGAUUCGAUAACCUUGAUACAUUAUUUUGCUAUAUUUUCAAUCCUUCACAAAAGGUUAAUGGAUCGUACGGCGAAGAUCCUUUAUUGUUUAAUGAUCAAACUCAAAAAGUUAAUUUUGCAUUAUGGUCAAGUGAAAAUGCAAAUAAUACGUUAGGAGCAAUAACAGCCGAUAGAUGGUUUUUCUAUGGAAUAUUUAAUGAACAAGAAGAUCCAACCAAAGUUCGAUUUCAAAUUGUGAAAAUGCCAUCAAUCUCAUAUUUAUAUUAUACAAGAACAGAAAUAUACAAUGGAUUGAGAUCAGAUGCAAUAAUUGGUGGUAUUACUACAAGUAAUGGUGGUACUGCAAUUUCUAAUACUGGCAAAUCAAACACUUCAAAAAAAUUAGUGGGAAUUAAUUUAGAAACUAAAUUCGCAUCAUUUGAUAUAUCCGGAUUCGGUAUUAGUCCAAAUCUAUGGGAAUUAUUUAGAGUAAUACCUGAGUAUUCGGAAAAUAAUGAUGGUUAUCAAGUGAAUUUUUUGUGGAAUCGAAUUGAAUUCACCCUGUUACAAUUGGCCGCUAAUAUGGGUGGGUUUGUUAGUAUUUUGAGUGCCAUCUAUUUUAUAUUAUUUGGAUCUAGAAGAGUCAAUCCUUGGGGAAUUAUGCAACGCUAUGUAAUUUAUUCACAACUAUACUCACAACCUGGUCAAAACAUCUCAUUACAAAGUCAACAAAAUUUACAAGAUGAUGAUGACAAUGAUCACGAUCAAAAACAAGGAGUCCAAGGAGACCAAAAUCAAGAAAAUCUACAUCAAAUACGACAAAAUCCAAAUAUUGAUGAUUCGAUUGAUAUCAUAGAACACCGACAACAAAAUGUUAAUGAUACAAUUGAUACCACAAAGUACAGACAACAAAAUAUCAAUAAUCCUGACAUUUCAUCAAUGAUUCCUCAAAGGGUCGAAACACUUCCAAUUGAUUUACCAAUACGAAAUGUACACAGCUAUCGAGUAUCAGAUUAUAUACCACCAUUGAUGAUAAAAAGACCAACAAAUGAUAACGAUAAUAAUAGCAAAGAAUCACUAGAUCUAACAAGAGAAACAGAAAAUUAUAGUAUACCACCACCACAAUCUUCAACGUCAUUUUCAUCACCGUCCCCACUAUUUACAACGACGUCACAACAAAGUAGCUCAAUGAAUUAUCAACAAAAUAAUCCACAAUCAUCCGACUACUUUCAGCAUCAUCCACACUUAUAUCGUCAUUCGAUUUCAACAACACCAAUAAUACAAAAAUUAAGAAAUGAACUAAAAGCUGAUGUACAACGAACAAUUGCAGCCGAAUUAACAAGAUUAAGAUUAUUCUUGAGUAAAUAUUAUCUUAAAGAUGUUUUUAAAACUGAAUAA